CGUUUGGUGUGGUCUCCCGUGCGAUCGCAAGGUUCGGUGAGUGGUGAUCGAGGGAGAUCUGGUGAGAUCGACUUCGUCCAGUCGCCCGAGGAGUCAUCUUCUGAGCAACCUCAGCCCGACCACGGAUAUCGACCUCGUUCUUCAUACUUACCACCAUAACACACCAUCCCUUUUGAUAAAAGUACGACGAUACGUCAGCAACGAACAUGACUACAGAUCCUCCUCUCGCGGUGCCAGACGAGUUGUCCGGAGACUCAACUGCUCCUACCACAGCGGCCGAUGUUACAUCCUCACUCGCUAAAGCAUCCCUAGACGACGCACCAAUCACUCAAUCACCUUCUGUUCCACUCACGCAAGUACCUGCAGCAUCGCAGGAGACCUCGCCGGCUGGCGGAGGCGCAUCCGCUCCGGCCAUUAAACCAGCUCAGGAGGGCGCACACAACCAGGUGGUCACCCCGUGGGACGUAGAGGGUGCUGUCACCGACGACGGCAAGCAGCUCGCGAUCGAUUAUGACAAGCUCGUUGACCAGUUCGGCACGCGGAGGGUGGAUGCGGCGGUCCUGGAGCGAUUCGAGCGGUUGACGGGCCAUCGCCCACAUGUCUUCCUCAGGAGAGGGAUGUUCUUCUCCAUCGGUGUUGACUUCGACAAGAUCUUGGAUCGCUAUGAGCAAGGAAAGCCGUUCUUCCUCUAUACCGGGCGAGGGCCGAGCAGCGACAGCAUGCAUCUGGGGCACAUGGUCCCCUUCGUGUUCACAAAAUGGUUGCAGGACGUCUUCGACGUACCGUUGGUCGUGCAGUUGACUGACGACGAGAAGUUCCUCUUCAAGCAUGAACUCAAGCCUGAGCAGACAUACGAGUUCGCGAGACGGAAUGCGCGGGAUAUCAUAGCUGUCGGGUUCGACCUCAAGAAGACGUUCAUCUUUAGCGACUACGACUACCUCGGCGGCGCCUUCUACAAGAACGUCUCCAAGAUCUCCCGUCAAAUCACCAUCAACCAGGCGAAAGCCACAUUUGGCUUCAACGAUUCGGACAACAUCGGAAAGAUCCACUUCGCGUCUAUCCAAGCCGCGCCAUCCUUCUCCAACUCCUUCCCGCACAUCUUCGGCACCGUCUCCAACAUCCCUUGUCUCAUCCCUUGCGCGAUUGACCAAGACCCGUACUUCCGCCUCACGCGCGACGUCGCCGUCAAGCUCAAGUACCCCAAGCCCGCGCUCCUCCACUCCAAGUUCUUCCCGGCGCUCCAGGGCCCGCAGACGAAGAUGAGCGCGUCGGACGUGAACUCGAGUAUUUACAUGAGCGACACCCCUACGCAGAUCAAGAACAAGAUCAAUCGCCAUGGGUUCUCUGGAGGACAGGAGACGGAGGAGGAGCACAGGCGAUUGGGCGGGAACCCAGAUGUGGAUGUUGCGUACCAGUACUUGGGUUUCUUCCUGGAUGACGAAGAGGAGUUGUUGAAGUUGGGAGAGGAGUACCGUGCCGGCCGCCUACUAACUGGCCAGCUCAAGGCAAGGUGCAUUCAACUUCUGCAGGAGUUCGUGAAGAGCUUCCAGGAGCGGAAAGCGAAGGUCACAGACGCCGACAUCUCUGCCUUCAUGGACUCGAGCCGCAAGAUUGAGCCUACAUUCGGCAAGAGCAAGGCCGCACCUGCGGCGUGA